AUGCGCAUUCACUCCGCCCCCUCCUUCGGCGCCGACAUCUUCGGACCCAACAAGCCGAGCUCAUCCGCCAAGGCUACGCCGCGGCCGUACGCUGCCACCCUGCCCGAGGGGAGCCAAUACGACUUUGGUGCUGAUGUGUUCGGAUCGGACCCGAAACACUCGAUCGCGGACGACCAAUCUGAGGCAUGUGUCACUGGUGCGUUGGCUCUGUCUCUAGCACAGCUGACGGCAGCCCGCGAGUCAAUCACGCCGCCAGGCGACAAGCUCUCAACGACACCUGAGCCUUCGAGUUCGCCCGCCCUCGCCCCCCUGUCCCCACCCCUCUCGCCAGCCAUGCAGGCACUGUCACUGAAAGAGGCUGAGAAGCUGCGCCGUACACGGGAGGCCGAGGCUGAGGCCAGGCGCAAGGCGGAGCUGCGUGAGCUGCACUCGAAGCACAAGCUGGAGCGUGAGCGGGAGAAGCAGGAGGCAAAAGAAGAGCGUGAGCGCGAGAAAGAAAUACUUCGUGCGACGAAGGCGAGGGAGAAGCUCGUCGCCCGCGAGAUUAAGGAGCGGGAGAAGGAGGAGCGUCGAGCCCGACGUCGCUCCCGCGGAAGCCGGUACGAGGAGGACAAGGAAGAGAAGAAAGAGAAGGAGGACGACGAGUCUCUCUUUUAA